AUGGGCUGUAUCGAGACUAAAUAUCCCAGAGAGAUUAUAAAAACUCAUGCUCCCGCCCCAAAAGAAAAAGAAAUAAUCGAAAAACCUAUUCCAAUUGCCCCAAGAAAAGCUGUAGAUCCUAUUGAUACUCCAGAUGAAGAAGCCCAGUUUAUAAUUCCUGAAAAAGAAGUCAAAGAAAAUCUUGAAAAAAAUGACAAAAAGGCCGAAGCAAUGAAAAUCCCAAUCAUUAAAACAGCAACAGAAAGCCCAAAAGACAUUCUUUAUAUGCCAAAGCAUAAUGCAAAACCCUCCUUUGGAGAAAUAACCGAAAAAAUAGAAGAUAUCCCACAACUCACAUCCCGAUCAAAGCCAGAAACUGUCCCCCAAAAAGUACCUGAAGCCUCAGCUCCUAAUAAUGAUCCUAAAAUCGACAAUAAUUCCUUGCCCAAGAAAAACGUAGUAAAGUUACCACCAUUGGAAAAGCCAAAUUUUCCUAAUAUGUUCCCGGACUUUGAUUUCUCUUUUCUAGAAGAGAAAAGAGAUACUGAAAAAUUCCACGCAGACACAAUAAGGGAAAAACAAAUGAUUGUAGAUCAGCUUAUUGAGGAAUUUAAUGAUAUUUAA